CUCCCUACCCCCACCGAAUUCUAGUCCUUGUGGACAUACUGCCUAUUUUUGUUUUGUUACAAAGCCGAAUGCACUUACUAUUUGCCCUUUGUGCUUUUCAAAUUUUGGCUCUUUCUGUCCUUUUUUCAACUCCCAUGUCCCAUGAAGUAAAGUUAAGGCAAGAAUAAAAGGAAAGUAGUAGGCACAACGAUAGUACUGCGAUAUUAUUCCUAACUUGAAGAUCCAAGACAGAUAAUAUUCUCCCUCCCUCUUCUCAUUGCAACAAAUGGAAUAUGAAUGUAGCCCUCUUGGCUGGGAAUUCUACCACCAGGAAGAGGGAUUAGAGGACUUGAGACAUUCUCUUUUGUACACAACCUUGGAGCUAGAUGCAACAAUUGCAUCAGCUAAGGAGGAGAUUACAAGAAGAGAAUGUGAAUUGAUCCAUGUGAAUGACCUCUUAAGCAGGGUCAUCAAGGAGAGAGAUGAGGCACAAGCAAAAUGCCAGAAGCUAAUGCUGGAAAAACUAGAACUCCAACAGAAGCAACAGCUAGAACAACACCAAUUUGUUCAAACACAUCAAAGAGAUACCAUAUCACAAAGUGAAGAAGAGCAGCAAGAAGGCUUCUCUGAAAAGCAUUCUGCAUCUUCUGACUGUGAAGAAAACAGCAGCAUGCCCUCUCCUGGUGGAAGUUCAACCCCACAUCAAUCAACACCACUGCAGGUGGUAAUGGAGUUGGCAGAAAAGAAACCAUUGCCUGAAAAAGGGAAACUCUUAAAGGCAGUGGUGGAAGCUGGACCACUGCUUCAGACACUUCUCUUAGCAGGACCACUCCCACAGUGGCAACACCCUCCUCCACAACUCAACUCCAUUGAGAUCCCCCCAGUGGCCAUUUCACCCCAACAAGACUCUUCUUCUACCAAAAGUGCUUCUUUCCCUUUCAAUAAGAAGAAGAGGGACCUUCUUGUCCUCUCAAGGAGUAGAAAGGUCAUUCAGCACAUGCCAACAACACCUACCACUACCAUUGCUGCUGCUUCACAUCAUUCCCUACCACACCCAUCAUUUUCAUAAUGUUUCUUCUGCAUAGCAAAAUCACAGAGAACCAGGUGGCACCACUAUGCAUCACCUCAACUUUGUACUCUUAUCAACAAACUCUGACUUACUUUUCUAUGCUAGAAAAAAAAAAAAAAAGACUUGAUUUUUAGCGUUUAAUGUUUUCUUUCCCCGAUCUUAUCUUUUUGUUAUGUAUAUAUAAGGUCCAAUUGGGGGUUAAAUUCUCAGAAAAGAUUGAUGGGAAUUAAGUAGCCUCGUUCAAGUUAGUUAUGACACAAUUUUGUACUUUGGUAGAUAUUAGAGGGGGUGAUAUAAUGUAGCCUAGCUUCAAACGGCUUAGUUUUAAUUAAAAGGCUACUGUUGUGCUCGUAUUAA